AUGGGUUUUAUGCCAAACGAACAAACGAAACUUGCUACAGGUAGCUACAUACCUGCAGUUGUUAUAACCAAUGCCGAUCUAGCUUUGGAUCUUGCUAUUUCUGAGAAAUAUGAAAAAUCUUAUACUAUACAUUGUAUUUUUCAUACUGCACAAAAUCUUCUUCGAAACCUUGAGGCCCAGUUGGGUCAACAAUAUAAUGAGUUUGUUAAGGACUUUUAUAUGGCUCGAAAUUCACUUAUUCCAAAUGUUUUUGAACAUAAGUGGGUACAAUUAACUAAAAAAUAUAAUGAGCCUAGAGUUGUCAAGUAUUUGCAAAUACUAUAUUCAUUAAAACAUGCAUGGGUACGUGUAUACAUGGCUAAAGUUUUUACAGCUAGUAUUCAGACAAUGUCAAGAGUUAAGAGUUACAAUGCUCAAAUAAAGCGAUUAGUUUUAAACUCUAAUGUUAGUCUUAUGGAACUUGCUGAUGCUUUAGAAACAUACAUAAAUGAAGAAAGUAACAAAACUAAAUAUAUUUACUGGAAAACCCAAAUUCCAUUAAUAUCUUCUGUUAUCAUAUUACCGCAAGCAUUGUUUUCUGAAGUUGACAAGGCUUUGAGUCAUUUUUUUACAUCUGCGAUGCUAAAAGUUCAACGUAUUAAGGUUAAAAGUUGUUUAAAUUAUCAAGCAUCCUCUAUUACAAAAGCCGAGCUAACUAGAUAUCAAGAGUCUGAAUCAGAUACUAUGCAAUUUGUUGAAGAUAACGAAUACGUAAUACAAGUUUCUGUAAAUUAUGUGUUAAAAAAUAUAGAUGUUAGUAAAAUUGAGGAAACCUGGGCUAUUCACACAAUUACAGCAUCAAAAUUUUCACGAGAUAUUACACAAAGGGCAGUUCGAUUUCGCCAGCAUGACAUUCUUAAGAAACUACAAGAUUUAUUAACUGAAUUGCAAGAAGAUGUGUUAGUAGAUAGCUCUGAUAAUGAUUAUGGUGAGACAUGCAGUAAUAAUAAUGAUGACUCAGAUAACAUUAAAGAUGAUAAAGAAAAUGAUCUAUUGGCUGGAAUAUCUUUUCAAAACCCAAAAAGGCGUAAAGUAAAAGGACAGCCCAAAAGUUCCAAGCAAUUAAACGAUCAGAAGAACUGA